AUGCCCGGGAGCUCCGAGAGAGUCGGAUAUGGACCUCGGGCUCGUUCCCCACGAAUGAAAGAACCCAACGAAUCGAUCCAAGCUCGCGCUCUGGCCACAGCGCGAUUCUACCCACUGCGGGCAUUCGGCAGAGAAGAACGGAAUGUCAUUGUUGGGAUCGACUCCGUCAAGCUUGACACCGGCAAAAUGCCAUUCACCAAGGAGAGGUCGAAGGGCAUGCUCGCCGCGGGUAAUCUCGUGGCAGGCGCCAAUGGCUUCUCUAGGAGACGGGAGACCUGGAAAUCGGUCAACAUGCUACCAGGCAAGCCACAAAAUCCUGUGUAA